GCAUUUGAAAAUAGACCGACACUGGCAGCUGCCCCUAAUGGCAACACUGGUCGGGCAGCAUAAAAAAUAUAUUCAAAAGUAAGACCGUUUAAAAUUGUCAAUUUAAUUUGAAAAAAUUAUGUAUUCGGAUGAGGUGAGGACACCGCAGGCCUUAAAGAGUCGCUGCUUUGUAAAUUUAACGCAACUAAAAGCCCGAGUCCGAAAGAGCAGCGGCAGUGCCAGUAACACAGCGACGCCAACUAAUGGCGGCAAUCACAAGAGUCCCCAAAUGUCCUCAUCGUCGACAACAGCAUUGGUAUGCACGCCGCCACCCAAGCGUCUGCAGAAGGUGAGGAAUCCCUUUGAAACAGCAUUGGCCGAACGUCUACAUUUGCCAUUGAUUGCUAGCCCCUCGCUGUUUCGGUCGCGUACCCCCCAACUGUCGUCCACACAAUUUGAGUGGAAUAUUGAUGAGGUUUCACAGCUUAAACCCGCUGAUGUAGAGCCGCACGAAACCCAAUUCCAUGAUUCGCCCGAUGCUGAACAGGAAUCGAAGGCACAAUUGGCCAUAUCGGCAUUUUUCAAAGAGUCUUAUAUAGUUCCCAGUCCGGUGGAUUGUCCGUUGCGCAAGCACCGCAUCAUACUGGAGGACAAUACUCCCAUAUCCAAUAAAAGCAAUUCAAAUGCAACACGUCGACGACGGGAUUGCGAGUCCCAAACCAUUCUAUCACUACCGCCUGUGUUACCCAAGGCAUUGGAAGAGGCAUUAAAACCAUAUUUCCAGCCUCAUUUAGCUGGCGGCAUAAAAAAAGAUCGUUCGAGCGAUCCAUUUAAUAGUUCCAUGAGGAGAAAACUGUUUGAUAUGCAUAAUGUUGUUGUAUUAGAAUGCGAACAGGAGCCACCACCACCGCCGCAGAUGGUGGGUUCGAGUCCGCAAAUUAAGCAAAAGACUUUGUUUGCUGGCAGGCUGUCCGAUUCAACUUCUGGCGAGGGGGAGAGCAGCAUCUUUGGCUGCCUCUCUCCUAUAAGAAAUUCAUGUGGCUUACCACCUGGCACUCCAGAUAAUGGUAUUGGUAUAAGCAAGCGCAAGCUUAAUCUACCCGAACUGGAGUUACCUUCACCUAUAGCGCCUUCAGAGCAUUUAAGCCGUCGGCUUAUCUACUCCAAAGUAUUGGAAGUAAAUGAGAUGAGUGUCGAAGAGCAGCAUCAGCAAAAUGAAACACUGUCCGAACACAAAUUUACACCCGAUCGCAGCUCUUCGCCUAUGAUGCAGUCUUUGGAGCAUUCCGAUUGUAGUAUUUAUCAGCGAGUUCGACGUUUACGUGUAAAUAGCUCCAAACAAUUGUCCGAUAAAGAAAUACAUCUAUUUGAUGAAAACGAAGAAGAAUUACAAGAGACUACAACUAAUGAUAUUGAAGAAGCUGAAGAGGAGGAAGAAGACGAGGAAGCAGAGGCCAUGGAACUAUCUCAGCUAAGUUUCAAUUGCAGUUCAUCCAAUUCGGAUACACCCAGAGGACAUCGACGACGGCGUUCAGCGAAUCGUAAGAACCUAUCACAGUCAUUUAGUACCCAAUUAGAGCAAGAAGAUCAGGAGGAUGUGGAGGAGGAAGUAAUUCAACAGAACAAAGAUGAUAUUGCGUCUACCUCUGCGUCGGUAGCUUUAGCACCCCAGCCUCGCGUUACCUUUUAUCGCACGGAUAGCGGCUUCAAUGAAAUAUCAUCAUCUUGUCUAUCUCAAGAGUUGCCAUUAGAUGUUUCAAUGGCUGUUUGUUGUUCAACACCCUCAACAAGAUCCUGACAUAACAAUUUUGGCCUGUUUAAACUAGUUUAUUCAGUCAUACACACAUACUACACAUAUAGCCAUAUAUAUUUAAACAUAUAUCGAUGAUGCAAUAACAAUGACAUGUGUAAUCAUCAAGUGCCACGCCCACACGUAAUUUUAAACAAUCCUCACCCACCGAAUUUGAUCCUAAUUGUUUAGAAAAAUUUCCGUUAUGUGUUCGACUUGAUUUAUUUUUUGUUCUCUUAGUGAAUAUAGGUAUAUAUAUGUAUGUCCUUAUUUUUUUUAAAUAAAUGUUUCUCUUUUAUUCGUUUAAUGUCUCCCUUGUCAGCCAAAUUAACGUA